CGCGGGGUGAUCUCAAGAACAAGGACAUGACUUGAAUGGCUAAGUUUCACAUUCACUGGGAAUCGCACCGGGAAGAAGUUUUUCAUGCACCGACCACCAGAGCAGGGCAUGGCCGGGAAGCCGUUCCGAGCCACCUUCAUCUGGAGCAGCAUCAUCAGCAACCUCCAGUCUCACGUGGAGGUCAAGCGGCGGCGCCACAACCUCAAGUCCUAUCAUGACUGCUUCCUUGGCUCAGAGGCUGUGGAUGUGGUGCUGGCACAUGUCAUCCAGAGCCGCUUCUGUGGUGACGCAGAGGUGCCCCGCUACAAGGCUGUCCGACUCUGUCAGGCCCUGAUGGACUCUCGGGUGUUUGAGCCAGUGGGCACCAAAGUAUUCGGCAAGGAAAAGAGGCGGGCCACAUUUGAGGACAGUAGUUGCAGUCUGUACAGGUUCCUGAGCCCAGCAUCCAACUCUGUAGUACUGACCAAUGCCAACUCCCACUCCACCAGCACUAUUGAGAGUGGUUAUGACUCGCCAAGCAUAAACAGGAACGAGAGCAGCUACAGUCCAUCAUGUACACGACAAGAGGUACUGAGCUACUCCACCCACUCGCCCGUAAAAACAGACAAAUCACUGGAAGAUGUUCUUGGAAACCUCAACCUGAGCUCAACCAUCACGCCUCAAAUGAUCAAUCUUGGACUUUCACAAGAGUUGGUGGAUGAGGUGUGGCAUCAGCAGGCAGUGUUUCGGCUGCUCCAGCUGAUAGAGCUCCCCCUGGUGGAGAACUUAUUGGAGGUCAAGGACAGCACUCGGCCGCCUUUACGUGGCAUGGACAGUGACCCGGACCUGUUGUACACGUCAAGCUACCUAGACCGAGAGGUUCUCAAGGCCUUCAGUGAAGCACAGGCUGAUGAGUGGAUGUCGGCGGCCGUGGACUGUUUGGAGUUUCUGCCAGAUGAACUGGUGGUGGACGUCAGCAGAGGUUUGGCCGGUUGCGCUGACGACCAGUCCGAGUGCAAGAGGCUGCUCUACGGGGUCCUGGCACAGCAUUACGGACACACACAGCACCCACCUCUGCUUAGCAACCACUUUUUCGACAUCCACUCUGGCAUCUCUGAACUCCUGGUGAAUGGAAAACAAGAGCAAGCUCUGGAGGCUCUGCAGCUCAGCCUUAAGCUGCAGGACUCUCGCAGCAGGGAGGAGCUACGCAGGCUCCUGAGAUUCAUGGCCAUUGCAGCCAAAUCACACGAGGUCAAACUGCACAAAGAGGUUGAGAACAGAAUGGCAGUAAAAAGGUCUUUCUCUGGUGCCAUCGUCUACAGCAGGAGACUCCCCAAAGGAAAGGUGGACUUGAUGGUUCUGUUCAUGUUGGAUAACUACUGUGAUGUGUUUAAGAUUCCUGUUACGUUGCACAAACUGGUCAGCGACAGACUGAGAAAUAUUGUGAAAGGGAAAGAUCCAGAAGUGAUAACAGGUUCAACAUACUGCAAAAGAGUGAGUGGUAAGGCUUAUGUGGAAAAUGCACAGAAAACUACUAAAGAGGAACUUUGGUCCUUACUCCAGACGAUCCAUGAGAACCCGAAACUCUCCACCAGGGAGAAGAGACGGUUGCUGGGACAGUUCUACAAAGGCCACCCUGAUUUCGUUCAGUACUUUGGAAGUAAAUUGUCCAGUGUCAACACAUAGCCACAGUAAUUUAUUUGUCAAACCAUGUUUGUAUUAUAUUGUAAAAAAAAAAAAAAAAAAAAAAAAA